AAAAGAGGACGUAAUGUUGUUGAGUACGUAAAAUCAAAGCAGCCAGUUUGCCUUCCAAGUUACCAAUGGCAACAAAACUAUUACUCUCUCCUUUAUUUAGCCCCCCUGGUACCCACCGUCCAUGGCGGCUGGGCCCUCCGGCAACCGCCGGAACGAGAACCAACAAGAGCCUCACACUUGUCGGGGCAUCUCCCUUCAAUUCCAUCGACUACGAAGCCCUCCAGCACCUCUCCGCCGCCGCCCCUCAUCAAAUCGCGGACCACUUCCGGCUCCAGAACUCUCUCCUCCUGCUCGCCGCCGCCACGGACGGCGGCGGAUACUCACUAGCUAGCUACUACACCUCGCUGGGCCUCUUCGUCAUCUCCGUUCCCGGUCUCUGGUCUCUAAUUAAACGAUCGGUUAAAUCCAAGAUUGCGAGGAAGACGUUCGUGACGGCGGCGGACGAGGCGGAGAAGAAGGCGGCGAGGAGGGUGGCGGGAGAGAUUCAGGCGUUCUUCGCUCGCAACAAUUUUGUGGUGUUGGACAGAGGGGAGACGAUAACGUUUGAAGGAAUGAUGAGCCCAAGCCGGGGGCAAGCGGCGCUGUUGUCGUUCUGCACUUGUGUGAGCUUAGCCAGCGUUUCACUGGUUCUAACCAUCGCUCUUCCAGAUGUAGGAAACCGUUGGUUUUGGCUUGUUGCACUUAGCCCGCUCGCGGGUGUGUACUACUGGACUGGGGCGACCAGAAGAGAGCAGGUCAAGGUGAGAAUGAUGGUAGACGGCAAUGGAACAGUGUCAGAGGUUGUUCUUCAAGGAGAUGAUGUAGUGGUUGAGCAAUUGAGGAAGGAGCUUAAUUUCAGUGAAAAGGGCAUGGUCUAUGUCAAAGGCUUGUUUGGCUGAUCAUUUUAUUCAUUCCUAAGUUCUAACCCCUAUUUUCUGCAACACAAACAUGUCCUUGUAUGUAUUUUACUAUACUCCCUGCCUAUUGGUAAAGAAUUGACAUGGUUUUCAGGUUUUGUUACUUUUGUAGUGAUUAGUGAAGUGUCAACAAUUUCCUACAUCCCUUUCCCAGAUUUCCAAGUCUUUCAAGUGUCUUCCAACAAUGUCCUAUAAAAAAAUUAUUUCGAUGUGG